AUGUUUCGCUCGAAAGUCUUGUCCAAACAAGCAGUUGUAGGAGCCGUGUCUACCGUGGGCCUCACGGCGUACUACGCCCACCUUUACUGGAACCCUGCAAACGCUAUGACCAUGGCAGAGCAUGGUAUGCAUGCGCCCGACUACCCGUGGCCUCAGAACGGCCUCACACAGACUUUCGACCACCAGUCGAUUCGCCGUGGCUACCAGGUGUACCGCGAGGUGUGCUCAACCUGCCACUCCCUGAAUCUGGUUACUUGGCGCUCGAUGGUUGGUGUUUCCCACACGGCCUCAGAGGUCCGCGACAUGGCCGCUGAGUUCGAGUACGACGACGAACCCGAUGAUGAGGGCAACCCCCGCAAGCGCCCCGGUAAGCUCGCAGACCCUCUGCCUGAGCCGUACCCCAACGAGCAGGCUGCUCGUGCCGGUAACCAGGGUGCCCUGCCCCCUGACUUGUCGCUCAUCACCAAGGCCCGUCACAACGGAAUCAACUACGUUUUCUCCUUGCUCACCGGUUACCCCGAUGAGCCCCCCGCCGGUGUCCAGCUCGGUCCUGGUCUUAACUACAACCCUUACUUCCCCGGUGGUGGUAUUGCCAUGGCCCGUGUCUUGUUCGACGGUUUGGUCGAGUACGACGAUGGUACCCCGGCCACCACCUCCCAGAUGGCCAAGGAUGUUACCACCUUCCUCAACUGGGCGGCUUCCCCCGAACAGGACGACCGUAAGCGUCUCGGUAUGAAGGCUCUCAUCACCAUUUCUAUGCUGUAUACUAUCGCCGUUAUUACCAAGCGCUACAAGUGGGCCAACAUCUGGACCCGCAAGACCGUCUGGAAGGGCCCUGGUUCUCACAAAUAG